CUUGACGGAGGGGAGACGAGAGGAGGAGUGAGGGGAAGAGGAGAGAGAGACGAGGAGCUGGAAGAAAAACACACUGAGACUCAGAUUACACCGGACGGGUCCCCGAACUGCUCUGCCAGCAUGUCGAAGCAGAAGGAAAACGGUCAACUGAAGAUCAGCAAGACUCAGGCCAGCGACCUGGCUGCGCUGGUCGCUCGCAUGCAGAAGAAUGCAGACCAGGUGGAGAAGAACAUCCUGCGAGCGGAGGAGCUGCUGGCUCUGGACACGGAGCGUGACGGGAGGAAUCAGCAGUUGAUCCACCAGAAGGAGAACGCAGACAACCUGACGCAGGCCGAGGGGCUGCUGAAGGAUCUCUUCAUGGACGUGGACAAGGCCAAGAAGCUGGCGCACCCACAGGCCAACGAGAUAGCGAGAGAUGUGAAAAAUCUCCACGAUCGCUGGGCCAGGAACUGUACAACCUACAGGGAGCUGUACGCACAGAUGCAGGAUUUGGAACCGGCACAGAAGAUUGACUGGGGUCCUCUGCUGGAUGAGAAACUGAGGCAGCUGAAGACGGAGGCGUACGGCCCCAAACUGUCUGAUGUGGAGAAGCAGAUUGCGGAACACAACAUUCUGCAGCAGGAGAUCGAGGCGUACAGCGGCCAGCUGCAGCCCAGCACCACCGCCUCAAAGGAGCAGAACGCCGCCGUCAAAGAGAAAUACGCGACACUUAUCGAGAGAUCGCAGCACCGGCGCAGCCACCUUGCCUCCCUGUACGAGUACAUGCAGAGCUGCAGUAAGGAGCUGGUCUACCUGUCAGGCCAGCAGGAGAGGAUCCUCCAGAGGGACUGGAGCGAUCGCAUGGUCGACCCCCCGGGCGUCCGCAUGGAGUAUGAGAAAUUCAAAAACCAAGGACUGCUCGCGCACGAGAGCGAGAUCAACCAGCUGCAGGGGCAAGGAGAUCGUCUGCUUCGAACCAACCACCCCGGCACCCCGACGAUAGAGGCACACAGGGACUCUGUGCAGAAUGAGUGGCAGUCCUUUCUCAACCUGUGUCUGGCACAGGAAACGCACCUGGACAACAUCGAGGACUACAAGAAGUUCCAGCUGGAUGCCGAGACGCUGUCGGAGUCUCUGGAGAGACUCAGUUCCAACAUGAAGCCAAAGUCUCUGGCCAACAAGAGCAACCAGCAGAUCCUGUUGGCACUGGAGGGGGACGAACCGGCGGUGAAGAGGAACGAGCAGCGGCUGGCCUCCCUCAGGGAGAGCAGCCGCAACGUUGUGCCCCUGAAGUUACGACGGACCCCGCCCACCAAACCCACCACCGCGGUGGCCGUGUGCGACUGGGCCGAUGUGGAGGACACGGUGAGGCGUGGUGACACGCUCACACUAAAGUCCAACUCUGAUGAUAAGGACUGGAAGCUUCAGAACAGCAGUGGGCAGAUCAAAACUCUCCCUGGGGUUUGUUUCAUUGUCCCACCGCCUGAUGCUGAGGCCCUGGAGAAAGUAAACAGCCUGGACAGAGCACUGGUGGACCUGAAGGGCCGUAGAUCUGCACUGAUGGCCUCCCUGAGGAACCCCACUGUGGAGGUGGACCGUCCUCAGCAGGCAGCCACUCUGCAAAGUGCUCCAGAGGAUCCCCGAGCUGCAGAGCUGGCCAGUGACAUAGACGAGCUCAACAAAUCCCUGGAAAAGCUUGAGAAAGAGAUCCUGACCCGACUGAGGGCCCCGGCAGACAACCGCAACCCCGCACAGGACCUGGCGAACAGGCUGCAAGAGCAGGAGAAAUCGUCUCUGAGCCUGCGGAAGCUGGAGUCAGAGAAGUCCAGGAUCCAGAGAGAGAUGGGGCCGGUUCUGGCCAAGAAACCGCUGGGACCCAGCGCCUCCGCCCUGCCCCUGAAAUUCAGUGCUGCCAGCAAUAAGAUCGAUGACAUCAACAACCUCAUCUGUCUUUACGAUAAAAAAGCUACAGCCUCCAUGUUCCUGGAAAAAAAGAUACAGAACGUAGAAAGCUUCGUCUCUGGGUUUGAGGACCAGCUGGCUAAAGAUGGCACCAUUCCUGAUCAACCCAACGCCCUCCAGAGUCGCCAGCAGCAGCUGCAGGUAAUGCGUGACAAUGUGGCCUCGAAGAAGGUUGAACUGAAUCAAUUAGGCAAAGACUUGGACCUGACUGAGCAGGCGUGCCGCUCCCUGCAGAAGAGCUUCAAUGAAUACUGUCCUGACAUCCAGCGCCAGGGGAACGAGGUGAAGCGCCUGAAGAACCGCUACACGAAUGUCAAUAAUCAGCUCCAAGAGAGGUCUGCUCUCAUGAAGGAGGCAAACAAUAAAAACCAAGAUUUCCAGAAUGCUGUGCAGUCACUGGAUUUCUUCUUGGUCAAUUUGCCCAACAAUGCGAUCAAAGUCACUGAAGACGUGGGGCAGAUAACAGCCAAGCAGAACUCUCAGAGGAAAGUGAUUGAGGACAUCAAGAGGAAAUCAGCGGAUAUAGACCGAGUCAAGGAUCUUUCCUGCGAUGUGCAGAUCGUCUUAAAUGAGUACGAGGUUAAGUCAAACACUUACCGUGGCACUCUGAAUGAUGGCAACGAUGAUGACGACGACGACGACGACGAUGAUGACGACGAUGAGGUUUCGGUUGCAAAGAAACGUCGAACUUCGAUGGCUAAGGCUGUACAGAGACAGGAAAAAGAUCUACUGAACCAUUUCGCUGGGGUGUCUGCAGAGAACAACGAGCUGCUCAGUCAGCUGGGGAUGGCGAAGAAUAGAAAGCUCAGGAAUGAAGAGACAGUCAGUCAGGUAGUUGUUCAUCAGCAGUUGCAGCAACAGAGCCAGAGGAAGGACCUGGAGGAAAGCGAUGGUCUGAAAAAGGAAUUAAGUGAGGAAGUUGCAAGGCGCUCACAUGCCGAAAAAGACCUGGAGAUAUACCGCAAGAGGUUUGUGUCUCUGAAGAACAGGAGGGGUGUGGAGAGGUUGGAGGAGAAGGAGGUUGUGCAGUACUAUCGUGACCCCAAACUGGAGGUGGAGCUACAAUCCCUGAAAAAGCGGAUCCAGGAUGAAACAUUUAAGAAGUCAAGAACCCAUUCAGAGAUCGAAGUUAUCCACAAGAUGGUUUUCAGUCUGGAAACAAGGCUGACGAAAAUCGAACCUCGACUGGUGACCAAGGUGCUGACUGAAUACGAGAGAGACCCACAGCUUGACAAAGAGGCGGCCAGGAUUAGAGAUGAGAUGCAGAAGAUAAGACUGGCGCUCCAAACGAGAGAUACCGAGGCAGUUCAUGUGAAAACUGAACUCACCUUUCUCACUCAGCAGCAACCAAAGAUCAGGGAGAAGGUUGUUAAGAAGGAAGUGGUGAGGCUUGAAAAGGAUCCAGAGAUGCUGAGAGCUGUUUUCACAUUCCAGGGUGAUAUUGCGGAGGAGGAGUCCCGGUGCAAGUCCCUUAAUGAGAAGAUUUUUAUCAUGAGGAGCCAGAUAAACACACUAGAGAGGAUCAUUCCCACCAUCCAGCCAAAGAUAGUCACCAAGGUGGUGAAGCAAGUCCAGCAUGACCCCGAAACGCUUGAAGAGUCCAAGAAAGUACGAGUGGCUUUAGGAGAGGAGAAAGAUGAGAACCUUACCUUGAUAAGGGACUUGACCACCCUCCAGCUACGUUACAGUGAAGUGGAGAAGAUCAAGUCAAAAGUCGAGGUCAAAGAGCUCAUCAAUGAGAUCUACAGAGUUGAUCCGGAGACAGAGGUAGAGCUGAUCCGUCUUAGGAAAGAGCUGCAGGACUCUGGCCGCAACCGUACGGACCUGGAAAAGGAAAUCAACAUUGUGAUAACCAGUCUGAAUACCCAGCGUGCUCAGAAACCCAAAGUGGAGUACAAGGAGGUUACACAGGAGGUGAUCAAACAAGAGAAAAGCCCAGAGGUUGUAAGGGAAUUGCAACGGCUGAGCAACCAAGUAGCCCGUCUGAAAGUCAACUAUGAAACCACCAUGGAGCUGCUAACCCACCUGCGUAAAGAGAGAGAUGAGCUGAAAGCGGAAAAAUCCAAAGUGGAGACUAAACUAGUGAACAAAGAGGUUAUCAAAUAUGAGGAUGAUCCUCUCCUCGAGAAAGAGGCUGACAGACUUCGGAAGAAUGUAAGAGAAGAGAUUCAGCGGCGGCGCAGUUUGGAGGAGAUGCUCUUUGACCUCCAGAACCAAUACAUUAUGCUUGAAAGGCAAAAGCCAGAGGAGAAGAUCGUAAUGCAGGAAGUAGUACGUCUUCAGAAGGAUCCCAAGCAGAUGUUGGAGCAUGAUAAGUUGAACAAGAACCUGGACGACGAAAUGAAAACCCGUAGGAAGGUUGAGUUGGAGGUCAGACAGCUCAGAGGGCUGAUUCAAGAGAGAGAGAACACCAUGGCUCAAAUGGAUGACCGUCAGAGGAAGAUUCAAGUGGAGUCAGAGCUCAGGCAGAUCAAAUCUCGCAUUCUCGAACUGGAAAACUCUCCAGCACCUGUCGAGGAAAAGAUCAUCAUUGAAGAGGUGCUGAAGGUGGAGAGGGACUCAAAGCUGGAAAAAGUCACAGAUGGCAUUCGUGUUGACUUGGAGACCGAAGGCACCAAUAUUAGUCGUGUAGAGAGAGAAAUCCGCAACCUGAAACUCAAAUUGGAAAUACUGCAAAAGGAAAAGUCGAUAGAGAAGGUUGUGUACAGAGAAGUUGUUCGUGUAGAGAAAGACCCAGCGGUGGAGGCUGAAAGGGAACGUCUAAGAGACCUGGUGACACAGGAGAGAAAUCUCAGGCGGGACCAGGAAGAUAAUGUUCAGAGCAUCAACAUCAAAAUCACUCAUGUGCAAACAUCAAAGUCUGUGACCACUCAGGAGGAGAAUUCUCUCAUCGGCAGCAGAAGUGCUCUGCAGAGAGAGAAGGAGGAUCUUCUCAGUCAGCUCAAAACUCUCGAGUCCCAGAGGCACACCAUUAGCAUCACCUUCCAGCAGCAAACCAAGUUGAUGAGUGAGAGGAACCAGUUUGCGCGGCAAAGGAGUCUGAAGACGUCCUCGGAGAUACAACGCCUGGAGACAGAGAUCCUGAAAGAAAAAGACAAGAUACACGAGAAGGAUACACUGAUCAUUGAGUUGCAGAAUGGCAUUAAGACAGAGGACCACAAUGAAACUCACACCAGAGAGACAAACCUGUCCACGAAGAUCACCAUCCUGGAUCCAGAAACCGGUAAAGACAUGUCUCCCUACGAUGCCUACUUGCAGGGGCUUAUUGAUCGCAACCAGUAUAUUCACCUGGCGGAAUUAGAGUGCGACUGGGAGGAGAUCACCUCAACUGGCCCGGAUGGGGAUACCACAAUUCUGCAGGAUCGCAAGAGCGGGAAGCAGUACUCUGUCAAGGAUGCUCUGAAGGAUGGCCGAUUGACACAGUACGAUAUGAUGCGCUACAGGGAAGGGAAAAUGCCCAUUUCUGAGUUUGCCCUCCUUGUCGCAGGGGAUACCAGAAGCUCCCACUUUCCUCCAGCCCUUCCUCCAAUAACAACCCCAAGAUCACCCACCAAACCUGCCCCAGCCUCUACCUUGAACACCAUGCCAACCCCCCUGAGGUCCUCCUACACCAGCCUCAACUCUCACUCGAGUGGCAGUUUGAACAACCUCACUGCUUCUGCAGGAGAAGAGUAUUUCCCAAUCUCUGGCAUUCUUGACACCACCACCGACAGCCGCAUGUCUGUGAGGAGUGCUCUCACUCGCAAACUCAUUGAUGCCGACACAGCUCUGAAGCUGCUCGAGGCACAGGCAGCCUCCGGAGGAAUCGUCGAUCUCACCAAGAAGGACAAACUGUCCGUCCAUAAGGCAGCUGAACAUGGACUCAUAGACACGGCUCACAUGUAUAAACUUCUGAACGCCCAGAAAGCCUUCACCGGAGUCGAGGACCCUGUGACUAAAGAGCGUCUUGCAGCGGGACAGGCGGCGCAGAAAGGUUAUAUUCCCAAAGAAAACGCCCGAAGGUACCUGGAGGUGCAGUACCUGACCGGUGGGUUGGUGAAUCCCAGUAAAGCGGGUCGCCUCACUGUCCAGGACGCUCUCGCCAGCAAAAUAAUUGACAGCACCACUGCUAAGGAGCUGGAAGAUGAGGCCUCGCACACAAAAGAGUUGGUGGACCCCAUCACGAAAGAGAAGAUGUCGUACAAGCAGGCGAUGGAUCGGUGUAAGAGAGACGGCAGCACAGGGCUCCUGCUGCUCCCUGCAGCCUCCACAGACGCUGCAAAUGCUCCAUCAUACUCAAACUAUCGAUUCAGCUCCUCUUACAAUAGAUAUUAACUGUGAUUUUUCAUUAACAUGUACCACGAAAUUUAAUUUUUGGUGAAACUCAGUGAAUCUGCUUAUUUUUUUCCAGUGCUAUUUUUGAGCUAGUGUUAAAGUGAGGGAAAUGUGUGUUUUAUAUGAUAUGUUGUUUUUUCAGCAUUGUCAAACUUCAUAAGUACUUAUUAAACUCCAAAAACUUCA